AUGUCUGAGCAACAACAACCAGUCGAUGAUAUGCCUGUUCAACCCAAAAACACUCCAAUUACUCAAUCUUCAUCACAUUCAAACGGAUCAUUUGGCACAGUUUUCAUUAUCCUCGCUGUGAUUUUAGUUAUAUCUCUUAUUUCUUGUGUAAUUGGACGCAUUUGUAACAAAAGAAGAAAUGGAGAUCAUCAUCACUCACCUAAACAACGCCAUGAAAUCCAUACUAAAGGUAGAGAAGGUCAUCAUGACAUAGAAUAUGGUAUUGAUAAUAAGAGAAUUCCAAAUUCAAAAGUGGCUGCAUCAAAUAUAGGAGAUCAUUCAAAUAUUCCUACUAGUUCUAUGCCAUUUGAUAAUAUUGAACGUCAUGGUAAAGGAGGGGUGAGGUUUGCCGAAGAUCAUUAG